AUGGCGACUACUGAUCACCACCUCAAAGAUUCAUCAAGCUCAUCACCAUCAUCAGUUGUGGUAGUGAUGGCUCCAUUAUUAGCUCAAAGCCACCUCAACCACCUCCUUCAACUCUCCCAUGUCGUUUCCUCAUACAACAUCCCUGUCCACUACGUUGGCUCUACUCUCCACAAUUCUCAAGUCAAGUCUCGAUCCAUAAACCCUCUUAGAGAAUUAACAAAAAUCCAUUUUCAUAACUUCCCAUUAAUCCGAACUACACCAUUCCCACCCAACCUCUGCUCCGGAACAAAGUUAUCCGAAACCGUCAAGCUCCUCCGCGACCCAGUCGCUGCACUUCUCCGAUCACUCUCUUCAAACGUGAAACGACUUGUCGUUGUUCAUGAUGUUCUGAUGACUUCAGUGGUUCAAGAUUUUGUUUCUCUACCAAACGCAGAAGCCUAUGCUGUCAAUUGUGGCUCUGUUUUCUCAAUGUUCACCUACGCGUUCGCUGCCAUAGGACAGUACGACAUCAUCCCAAUAAAGAAUAUUCCCUCUGUGGAAUCUUGUUACACUCAUCAGUUCUAUGAAUUUAUAAAACGUGAGUUUAAACAGAUGAAAAGUCAGGUUGGUCAGCUCCACAACUCUUGUAAGGCUAUUGAAGGCUCUUUUCUUGAACAUGUAGCAAACUACGUACUCAAAGGAGAGAAGAAGAUCUGGGCAGUGGGGCCCUUGCACCAAACGACAGUCUUUAAGGAGGCCAGGGAUGAUGACAAGUGCUUAUUGGAGUGGCUAGACAAACAAGAGCCCAACAGUGUCUUGUAUAUAUCUUUUGGAACAACUACUACUUUUUCUGAGGAAAAGAUCAAAGAGAUUGCUCUUGGUUUGGAGCAGAGUGGGGUAAAGUUUAUGUGGGUGUUGGGAGAUGAAGAUAGAUUAGACAGUUUCAGCAAUGGAUACGAGGGUGAGCUAUCUAAACUUCCAAGUGGGUUUGAGGAAAGAAUGAGGGGAAAGGGAAUGGGAAUGGUGGUGACGAAAUGGGUGUCCCAAGUGGAGAUUUUAGGGCACAAAUCCAUAGGUGGGUUUAUGAGUCAUUGUGGAUGGAACUCAUGCAUGGAAAGCAUAAGUAUGGGAGUACCUAUAGCAGCAUGGCCAAUGGAAUUUGAUCAACCUGUGAAUGCUCUCUUACUUACGGAAGUUCUCAAAGUGGGUGUGGCUGUUAUGGAAUGGGGUCAGAGAGAUGAGUUGGUGACUUCAUCCAUGAUUGACAGAGCUGUGAGGACAUUAAUGGCCUCAGAGGAAGGUGGUGAGAUCAGAAAGAGGGCUGAGGAGUUGGGAGCUGAAGUUAGAAAGUCUACAGCUGAAGGAGGAGUCACUCGUAUGGAAUGGGAUUCUUUCAUUGCCCAUAUAACGAGAUAG